CCCUCCAGGACCGGACAGUUCGGGCAGCUCGGGUGUUCCUCCCAGGAGUGCGAGAGACUUGCUGCUCGCGGCCUCUGGGGGUCAGCGUCCAGGCAGGCGGCGAUGAUCCUCGAGGAGAGGCCAGAUGACCCGGGUGCCAGCGAGGACAGCGACCGGCUGCAGGAGGACAGCAGCAACCCUAAGGGCUAUGACUCCUUGAUGCAGAACCAGCCUGGCCAGCUGCAGAGCCACAGGGCUCGGCUUCACCAGCAGAUCAGCAAGGAGCUGCGAAUGCGGACGGGUGCCGAGAACCUCUACAGAGCCACCAGCAACACCUGGGUCCGAGAGACAGUCGCCUUGGAGCUGAGCUAUGUCAACUCCAACCUGCAGCUGCUGAAAGAGGAGCUGGCAGAGCUGGGCAGCAGUGUGGAUGUGGAGCAGCCAGAAGGUGAAAGUGUUACUAUUCCCAUGAUCCCCCUGGGCCUGAAGGAAACCAAGGAGUUGGACUGGGCCACACCCCUGAAGGAGCUGAUCUCUGAGCACUUUGGAGAGGAUGGCACCUCCUAUGAGACAGAGAUCCGGGAACUAGAGGACCUACGGCAGGCCACGAGGACUCCCAGCAGGGACGAGGUUGGCCUGGAUCUGCUUGCUGCCUACUAUAGCCAGCUCUGUUUCCUGGAUGCCCGUUUCUUUAGCCCUGCCAGGAGUCCAAGGCUGCUCUUCCACUGGUACGACUCGCUCACUGGGGUCCCGGCACAGCAGCGGGCUCUGGCCUUCGAGAAGGGCAGUAUACUGUUUAACAUUGGGGCACUCCACACGCAGAUCGGAGCGCGGCAGGACUGCUCCUGCACCGAGGGCACCAGCCAUGCGGCUGAGGCUUUCCAGAGGGCUGCUGGGGCUUUCAGACUCCUGAGGGAGAACUUCUCCCAUGCACCGAGCCCAGACAUGAGCACCACGGCUCUCUCCAUGCUGGAGCAGCUCAUGGUUGCCCAGGCACAAGAGUGCAUCUUCAAGGGCCUUCUGCUGCUGGCCUCUGACACACCCGACAACUGUCCAGCUCAGCUGCAGUUGGCUCAGGAAGCUGCCCAGGUGGCAGCUGAAUAUAGGCUCGUGCACCGGGUCAUGGCCCAGCCACCUGUCCGAGACUACCUACCCGCCUCUUGGACCAACCUGGCACAUGUCAAGGCUGAGCACUUCAGUGCCCUGGCCCACUACCACACAGCCAUGGCCCUCUGCGAAGGCUCCUCAGCCGACAAGGGAGAGCUCCCAGGGCAGGAGCGCGUCUUCCAGCCCUCAGCUACCUGUGAGUCCCAAGGUCCCACACUGCCGCAGCAUCCGGAAGAGCGCAGGAAGCUUGUGCUAUGCCUGUGCACAGCGAAGGCCCACCUGAAGCGCGCCAUCCUGGGCCAGGAGGAGGCGCUGCGGCUUCACACUCUGUGCCGAGUCCUGCGGAAGGUAGACCUGCUACAGGUUGUGGUAACUCAGGCACUGCGGCACUCGCUGGCCAAGUACUCAGAGCUCGAGCGUGAGGAUGAUUUCUUCGAGGCUGUGGAGGCCCCCGACAUCCAGCCCAAGACCCACCAAGCACCAGAGGUGAAAAUGCCGAGCCUGUCCCAGGUGAAGGUGACUGACCUCUUCCAUCGACUGGGACCCCUGUCUGUGUUCUCAACCAAGAAUCGGUGGCAGCUGGUAGGGCCAGUGCACAUGACCCGAGGAGAGGGUGGCUUUGGUUUCACACUGCGGGGAGACUCACCUGUCCUGAUCGCUGCUGUUGUUCCCGGGAGUCAGGCUGAGUCCGCUGGCCUGAAGGAGGGCGACUACAUCGUGUCUGUGAAUGGGCGCCCUUGCAAGUGGCGGAAACAUGUGGACGUGGUGGCGCAGCUGAGGGGCAUGGGCGAGGACGGCGUGAGCCUGCAGGUCGUGUCCCUGCUGCCCAGCCCUGAGCCGCGUAGCACGGGACCCCGACGACCGGCACUGCUGUGGAGUCAGAGAGAGUGUGGCUUUGAGACGCCGAUGCCUGCCCGUGCCCGCCCCUGGCCCAUCCUUGCCUGGAGCCGCAAGAACAAACAAAGCAAGACUGGGAGUCAACCUGACCCCUGCACGAACAGGAACUGUGUCACCUGUCCCUGAGCUGGACACCCUGGACCCCUGCGUGCCCCGGGUGACUGUGGAGGUCAUCUUGCUGUGUACCUAGUAUGUCCUGCCCUCUGCGCCAGGGGACCAUCAGGCUGCCCCCUCCCCGGCUUGCUUAAAACUAGAGAUGUCUAUUAA